UCUGACAAGCAAACUUGGGAAGGGUAAACAGCUCUCAGCUCAUGGACGCAGAUACAGCGCGAAAACAGAGCUGGACAUUGAACACAGCGACAUAUUUGCAAAUUCUGGGGGAUUGCAGGUGAUAUUUUGUGCCAGAAAUCUUGCAAAACAUAGGUGUGAAGAGGAUCCAACAUGGCAGGAGACAUGUUGUUGCUGAUGAGAGGCCUAGCCAAGCUCAGCCAGGCUGUGAUCGAGACUCAGGCCGGCUCUCUGCGCAGUAAUGGCUUCCAAGCUGUGAGCCAGAGCAUGCAAAUGACGGCUGAACAGGGCAUGAGCGUGGCCAUGCAGAAGAUCCAGGAGUUCACAGGUGGUCAGGAGAGUGUUUCUGAUUUAAACACAGACAUGGACUCCAAGUAUGACUUCACAGCUUCAGAGGAGGACUUUGAGAGCACAGCACAGAGAGAUUUGGACAGUGAUUCAGUUUUCAGGGACUCUAACACAGGUGCUGCGCACACAUACAGUAAGGCCUCAGGAAAGUCUAAGCUGUUUGAAGGCUACAAGGAUCCUACAAGCCAGUUUACUGGACAUACGCGGUCCUAUCACCAGGACCACUCUUCUGUGGGAGGCAUCACAGCUGAAGACAUAGAAAAAGCCAGGGAGGCGAAGCGAAACGGCUCCAAACCACACAAACAAAUGCUUAGUGAAAGAGCAAGAGAGCGAAAGGUACCAGUCACACGGCUUGGGAGACUAGCAAAUUUUGGAGGUCUUGCUGUGGGUUUGGGUAUUGGAGCUUUGGCGGAAGUGGCAAAGAAAAGCUUAAGAUCAGAGGAGAAGAAUGGUGACAAGAAGGCCGUUUUGGACAGCAGCCCCUUCCUUUCAGAGGCCAACGCUGAGCGUAUUGUCAGGACGUUGUGUAAAGUGCGUGGGGCGGCCCUCAAGCUCGGCCAGAUGCUCAGUAUUCAAGAUGAUGCAUUCAUCAACCCACAGCUGGCCAAGAUCUUUGAACGUGUGCGUCAGAGUGCUGACUUCAUGCCCAUCAAACAGAUGAUGAAAGCCCUGAACAAUGACCUGGGCCCAAACUGGAGGGAUAAACUAGAUGUUUUUGAGGAAAGACCCUUUGCUGCUGCCUCUAUUGGUCAGGUCCAUCUGGCCAAGAUGAAAGACGGUCGAGAGGUCGCCAUGAAAAUCCAGUACCCUGGAGUCGCACAGAGCAUCAACAGCGAUGUGAAUAACCUGAUGACGGUCCUGAGCAUGAGCAACGCCCUUCCUGAAGGUCUGUUCCCGGACCAUUUGAUAGAUGUGAUGCGACGUGAGCUGGCGCUGGAGUGUGAUUACAUAAGAGAAGCCAAGUGUGCUCGGAAAUUCAAGGAACUUCUGAAAGAUCACCCCUUCUUCUACGUGCCAGAGGUAAUUGACGAGCUCAGCAGCCAGCAUGUCCUCACCACUGAACUGGUGCCUGGAUUUCCCUUGGAUCAGGCUGAUGGACUUUCACAAGAGUUGAAAAAUGAGAUCUGCGAGAACAUCCUGUUCCUGUGUCUGAGAGAGCUGUUCGAGUUCAGAUACAUGCAGACGGAUCCCAACUGGUCUAAUUUCUUUUAUGAUCCACAAACCCACAGGGUUGCUUUGCUGGACUUUGGUGCAACAAGAGGGUUUGAGGAGAGUUUCACUGAUCUUUAUAUUGAAAUCAUCCAGGCUGCAGCAAAUGGUAAUCGAGAAGAAGUGCUGAAGCGAUCCAUAGACAUGAAGUUCUUGACUGGUUAUGAGUCAAAGGCCAUGGUAAAUGCCCAUGUGGAUGCUGUGAUGAUCCUGGGUGAGGCUUUUGCCUCUGAGGAGCCAUUUGAUUUCGGGGCGCAGAGCACCACAGAGCGCAUCCACAACCUCAUCCCCGUCAUGCUGAAACAGCGCCUCAUCCCUCCACCAGAAGAAACCUACUCUCUGCACCGCAAAAUGGGCGGCUCCUUCCUCAUCUGCUCCCGGCUGAAUGCUAAGCUAAGCUGCAAAAAUAUGUUUGACAAGGCCUACAGCAAUUACUGGAGCAACAAGAAAAAAGGACCAAGCCAGUGACAGAUGGGGCUUGUCAAACAGGAGAAACUCGGAUAAGCACAACAUGCCCUGGCCAAUCACUCGAAUGUAAACAAAUGGCACUUUUGUCUCGACUGACCCCACCGUACCAUCACACAUUGUUUUUGGCUGUUGUUUUUCCUUUUGAGUGUUUUAAUGGGAAAUAAUAUCCAUGAUUGAUCCAUGGUUGUGUGGUGCAAAGAUUGCUAUUCAAACAGAUCUAUCUAUGUGCCUGCCGAAAUUCCUAUUGGUUACUCAUCAGGUGUGGUGAUUGGCUGUAGAACGUUUCAUAACCAAGCCAGUUUUUUUCCAGGUUGCUGGAAUACAUUUUGUGAGGACCGUCUCCCUAAAUCAGUAUAUUAACUCUUAUGUUUAUUGUAUGAGAAAGCAUUCAAAUGUGUGUUUUUCUUCUUUCUUUUUUUUUUUGGUUUGUGAUUUGUGAAUAUUACGCACAAUAUUGGUAAAAGUAUGAAAAAGGGAAGGCUCUGAAUGAAAAGAUCAGAAGUCAGGGCAGGUUUUGGUAUCAGUGUGUAGGUUGACUAUAAGCUUGCUUGCUUUAGCCUGUUGAACCACCACAACUUCUUUGUCAUAAUGCAUUUUAAAAAGCUAGGAUAUUAAUAAUGAUGGCAUGAGGUAUCACUUCUCUGAUGUUUGAGAUGUACAGGAAUUUAAAUGUGCCUACAUGAAGGUGAGAAUAUGAGGACGCAUUAUGGUUUGAGCAUUGAUGGAAAAGGUGUUCUUCUAAUGUUCCUGCUAUUGGCUUUCUUAUUAAAAUAUUGUGAUAAAAUUAUCUGAAUAUUAAAUUUUUGGAAUC